AUGGACAAACGCUUCUUGUUGGUCUUCUCCCUCUUCUGCUGCAUUGAUGCAGUGACACCGCUAAAGUGCAUCACGUGCCACCUUCACUUGAAAUUAGAUCGCUGUAGAAGAGGCUAUGGUGUUUGUCUUGCUCAUAAGUCUGAGUCAUGCAUGCUCUUAAAGAUCUACAAGGAUUAUACUCUUCAGUUAUCAUAUAUGGUGUGUCAGAGAUUCUGCAGAAACUUGAUAUUUACUUUCAGCAAUCGGACUUACACUCAUUACUGUUGCAAGGCUGAUUAUUGUAACAAGGAAUAA